CUGGACAGGCUUGUGUUCCUUGUCUACCGCUCAUCAUGGAUGAAAAGCCUUUUGAACACAAACACACUAGUGUCAGCCGGUGGUAAACAGUCGAUCGACGAUCAUCGUGCUGCUUAGACGUACGUAAACGUGCGUGUAAGCUACGCAAUAACUCUAAGAGUGAGCGCGAGUGCGAUCAACCGGUGAGGAUCACGAUUACGCCCCGCCUUUCUACAGCCAGCUUGCAAGCGUGUCAACGUGCCAGCGUAGCAGCGUGUGCAUCACGCCUACACCUACUAUUAUUUGAUACUGUAUUUACUUGAUAAUCUAUUUCGACUAUGAGGAUAGCCGUUUGACGAAUUAUUCAACUUUGUCGCUGUUCGUCUAACCGUAGCCAAAGUGUUACUCGCGGACUUCCUUGGUCGAGUACCAAAAGAAGAAACUGACCAACAUGAAUUGGAACAAUUACGAUUUGAACGAUACGAGACCGUGGAUGCAGCCGGGUAUCAGAGGUGGAGGUGGCACGGCCCACGCAGGUGGGACAGGUGACGACGAGGCUUCGAAAGAUCCCGGUGUUCGGAUCACUCAUCAAUCUUACACCGAGAAAGACUACGAAGGUCACAGAGCGCACACGGUGUAUGUGGGCGUGCAUCUACCAGGCGAAAGAAGACACCGUCGUCAUCACAAGCACCAUCAUUCGCAACGUCAAACGUAUAGUGCCGAUAAGGAAAAUGUCGACAACGAUAGGCCCAGACAAUUGCUGAUGACUCGAAGGAGUCGACUAUCUAGUAUCUGCAAUCACGACGGCGAAAUGAUACUUACACCACCAGCCCAAAGGGUGCAGUUUAUCCUCGGCGAAGAAGUCGGCGAUGAUGCACACGAGUCACAUCCACUUUUCUCUGAGAUGGAAGAGCUCGUCAAGGAUGGCGACGAGAUGGAGUGGAAAGAAACAGCUAGGUGGAUCAAAUUUGAAGAAGAUGUCGAGGAGGGUGGAAAUAGGUGGAGCAAACCUCACGUAGCUACCCUCUCGUUACACGCUCUCUUCGAAUUAAGAAGCCUGCUGUUAAAUGGCACAGUGAUGUUGGACAUGGAAGCAACGAGCCUGGAACAAAUCGCCGAUUUAGUACUUGAUAACAUGAUCAACAAGGGCUCCUUGCCAAUCGAAUCGAGGGAAAAGGUCAAGGAAGCUCUUCUAGUGAGGCAUCGGCACCAACACGAGAGACGCAAAGAUAACAACAUGUCCAGGCUACCCAUUAUCCGAUCGUUAGCUGAAAUAGGCCGAAAUCAUUCUUCUUCGAAAAAUAACGACUGUACAUGUGGUUUCCAUGUGUUGUUGACAUCAGAUUUACAGGGGCGUCGCGACGCUAGGGACGCCUACGCGCCCUCUGUCGCUCGCAGCAGCAGUUGUCCGAAUUCGAAUACGGCUCUGCUUUCGAAAGAAGCGAAAGAUUUGAAAGGACCGUACCUUCUGGUUCCAGACGAAUUCGGCAUACCCCACGUGGUCGGAUUUACAACAUGGUUCGCGAUGUGUCAACUAAAAGUGGAGGAAUCAAAUUCCGCCCCGGCGAUCGCCGGCACGACCAGUCACGGCAGUGGGGCAGCGCUGAAUGCCGGUAGCCGCUUCCUUGCCAUACCCGGCCAAGAACCAGGCACCAACGGAAUGGAUCGAAGCCCAAGCAGCGUGUCAAUUAGCAGAAAUCACAGUUCGUCCGCUUUAGAAAAUGGAGAUGCGAAUCAUAGGGGUAAUACACACUUUAUGCGGAAGAUACCAGCGGGAGCUGAGGCAAGCAAUAUUCUCGUAGGAGAAGUCGACUUUUUAGAUAAAACUCUGUCAGCCUUUAUUCGUUUAAGCCAAGCUGGAAUAAUGGGUGACUUAACAGAAGUUCCUGUGCCAACGAGAUUUAUAUUUGUUUUGCUGGGACCUACGGGAGGAAUCACAGGUUUUCACGAGAUCGGUCGUGCCAUGGCUACUCUGAUGUCCGAUGAGGUCUUCCAUGACGUGGCUUACAAGGCCAAGAACAGAAAUCAUUUGCUUGCUGGAAUUGACGAAUUCCUGGAUGCUGUUACGGUUCUACCACCAGGAGAAUGGGAUCCUACGAUCAGAAUAGAACCGCCAGCUGCCAUUCCUUCACAGGAUGUAAGGAAACGACCUAAGGAAGAGAAACCAAAGGAAGAAUUAGACGAAGAAGCGGAUGAACAGAAGCAGAGGGAAGAAUCCGGGCUCUCGAGGUCUGGCACAAUUUUUGGUGGCUUGCUGAAUGAUAUAAAGAGAAAAGCGCCGUUUUACUUCUCCGAUUUUAAAGACGCGUUGGCCCUUCAAUGCGUAGCCUCUUUUAUUUUCCUAUACUUCGCCUGCCUCUCACCUAUAAUUACAUUUGGUGGUUUACUGGGCGAAGCUACGGGAAAGAAUAUGGCCGCCAUGGAGUCGCUUGUUUCCGGUUUUGUUUGUGGUAUCGGAUAUGGAUUCUUCUCUGGCCAACCCCUCACUAUUCUCGGUUCGACCGGUCCCGUUUUGGUCUUCGAGACAAUAGUCUAUGAAUUCUGCAAGAAAUCGGAAUGGAAUUACAUGUCCUUCCGUUUCUGGAUCGGCUCGUGGAUAACCUUGAUUCUGCUAAUCCUCGUGGCGAUUGACGCAAGUGCUCUGGUGUGUUACAUCACACGAUUUACAGAGGAGAAUUUUGCCACGCUCAUUGCAUUUAUCUUUAUCUACAAGGCCAUUGAAAAUGUAUUGUCCAUCGGCAAGAAAUACCCUAUUAAUACUCACGCAAACGAUCCAUACAUCUAUGAGUGUUGGUGUAAUCUGCCAAAUAGCAGCCUACCGUCUAGCUACGACAAUGUUAAUUGGACGGCGCUUGAUCAAAAAACAUGCCAGAGUUUCAAUGGUACGCUGGUGGGCGAUGGUUGCAACCAAUCACACUAUAUACCCGAUGUGUUCCUCAUGUCAAUUAUAUUAUUCAUGGGCACAUUCUUGUUAUCCGUCGAGCUCAAAGAUUUCAAGAACGCUCUCUUCUUUCCAUCAAAGGUCAGACAAGUUGUCAGUGAUUUUGCCGUGAUUAUCGCAAUUUUUUCGAUGAGCACGUUAGAUCAUUUCGUGAAUAUUCCGACGCCGAAGCUCGAGGUGCCGGAGGAAUUCAAACCGACAUUAGGUGAUCGAGGAUGGAUCAUCUGGCCUUUUCAAAGUAAUCCAUGGUGGAGCGCUAUCGUUGCGUGUCUGCCAGCUCUUUUAGGCACUAUAUUGAUUUUUAUGGAUCAACAAAUUACAGCCGUGAUAGUGAAUAGAAAAGAGAACAAAUUGAAGAAAGGAUGUGGCUAUCAUUUGGACCUGUUCAUUCUCGCAAUCCUGAUCGAAAUUUGCUCGGUAAUGGGAUUGCCUUGGUUCGUCGCGGCGACAGUGCUUUCGAUCAAUCACGUGAACUCGUUGAAACUGGAAUCAGAAUGUGCCGCACCAGGUGAAAAACCGCAGUUCCUAGGUGUCCGUGAACAGCGUGCCACACACAUUUUGAUCUUUUUGAUGAUCGGCUGCUCGGUUUUACUCACGCCAAUGUUGAGACACAUACCGAUGCCGGUACUGUUUGGUGUUUUUCUUUACAUGGGAGUCGCUUCAUUGAAGGGACUUCAGUUUUUUGACAGGAUUUUAAUAAUGCUGAUGCCGGUUAAAUAUCAACCCGACUAUAUGUUCCUUCGACAAGUUCCAUUGAAACGCGUGCAUCUGUUUACAACGAUACAGUUGGCUUGUUUAGCCUGCUUAUGGAUCAUCAAAUCCUUUAGCAGCACUUCCAUUCUAUUCCCUUUGAUGCUGGUGGUGAUGAUCGGUAUACGCAAAUCGCUGGACUUGAUAUUCACUCAACGCGAAUUGAAGAUUCUGGACGACGUAAUGCCGGAACCUAGUAAGAAACAUGCCGACGAUCUUCGACAACUGGAGAGCGGCGAGGAGCAGAACGAGUCCAUGGAAUAUGGCCCAUCAGGAAAUAUACAAAUCUCGCUGGCGAAUGGUAAUAUUAUGAAGAUUCCAAUGGCGAGCAUCAAUAUCAGUGAGGAGGUGAAUAAAACCGGGAUUUGGCAACAAGUGAACGAAGGGAACGAGAAAACGAAACAGGUUAAAUUGAUCAACGCCGGAAAGCAAAAGAAGCAUUCGAAGAAGGAUAACUCGUUGAUGACCGACGAGACUACAAGGCUGACUACGAUGACUGAAGAAGACGAAGAUGACAGUGGGAUCUCUAUCAAGGUGACAAACGUAGAUCUGAUACGAUCGAAGGAAAGCAUCAGCCCGUUAACGAUUAACGGCACUACCUCGGCCGAGACUUCUGUCUAACGAAAGCAACGGCUCAUUGGGAACGAACGUUCGCGAUCCUCCUUCGAACGGCUAUUCGAUCCUUGAACGAUUCCGAAGAUUCUGUUUUUCUUUGGCCCCGACUAAUCGUUACAGAGCACGUUUUAAUUUUCAUCGUGCACGUUAUCGUGCAGCCAAGUUAAACGCGAUCAUCGUGGUGAAGAAAAUUGUUACAUGGACGAUAAACGAGUCAAGGCGUACAGAUCACUUUGAAACUGUAUGAAAAUGGAAACACCGACAGAAGAACAAUUUUUAUUUCAUUUCCUGGGAAAUAAAACUGGGGUAUCUUGUCUUAUCGCGUCGUAACUUGGACGAGUGCAAUUAUUAACGAGUACCACUAACUGGGUACCUAGAUGUAAUCGAUAUGAACCUAUUAUCCGUUGACAAACAAAAGAAAGAAAGGAAAAAAGCGCACACCACUGAAAUUUAAAGUAGAAUGUCCUAGAUUUAAGAUUCGAUUCAUUGGUAAGUGAACGCGUGAAUUGUCAUCGCUGAAUCUCGAAUCUAUUCUUAUCAGUGUGCUAUAAGUAUUAUACUUAUAAUCUAGCGAUUCUAUGGAUUAAGUAGUUUCUGCCCAUAGUGAGUACGCCAAGAAAACCCCUUUGAUAUAUCGACGUUUCCUUCGAGGGAUGUCUCGCAGAGGAGCUUGGCCGACACGCGUUCCCGAUCGCAGAGUGAAAGCGCCAAAAAGGGUUGUCGGUGUAAACAAAAAUAAGCGACGAGAUUCAUUUUUGUCCAACACCAACGCAACGCUAGUAACUCUAGUUCCAUUGAUUUUUAUUCGAAUUAUUAAAGAGUAUUUUCGGAAUGUUUUCGAUAUACCGGCCAACAGCGACAAUAUAUUAAUUAUACCAUAAAUGUAUAGCAUCUUUUUUACGCUGAUAACAGUGAAAUGUCACUUUCGCGUACAAGGACACUCGCACGGGAGGAUUAAUUUGUCUGUAGAGAAAAGUUUUCCAUGUUUUCUAAUCGAAAUUCUAGCCCUGCUAAAUUUCCAUGCGUAACGCCGUCCCUUGAAGGAUAUCCUUCUUGUUUGAGGAAAAGGAAGCGGACAAUGAGAUUUUUAUCGUACUGCAGUCUUUCAGAUAGUGUGUGCAACGUCCCGAUAUUUAAAAAUUUAAGCGAACAUUGCGCAGGUCCGUUGCACGGACAAGCUGUUGUUAUCCUUCUCCGCCAAUUUUCCAUCGACGCAGACUGACGGAGACAGGACGAUUAGUGGGAAAGGAUUAAAAAAGAAUAUUUGAUACGAUGAAUUUUUUAAUGACACGUUAUCCAAUUAUCACACGUCGAAAUAAAGUUCGAGGUUUUGCAAGUCCACUCGAGAGCUAUGUGAUAAGUUCGUCGGUACGCGAAGAUGUAGCACUGUAAAUUGACGAGAAAAAGGCAAGGGACAACAAGCCUUGUACGACAUACAUUGGAACACCUCUAUCGACAUACGUAUACAUACGGCGAAGUACGAAACGAGGCAAUACUUUGUGUAGAUGUUACGUGUGUUUGUAUAUAUUUAAGAAAGAAAAUCAUUCGCAGUUCUUUAUACGCUCGCAAUGGGAGAAAAAGUUAUUGGUUUCGGCUAGUUACAUGCGGGCUAGUUACAUCCCGAUCCCGUUCGGGAUACAAUGUUUUAUUGUACACUACGGGCUACGAUCACCGUUUUAGUAUUAACUGGUUGUGAUUAGAUAAAAGAAACGAACAUUUCAUGGACAGUGUAUACUUUCUUACAAUUAGCCAGAGAACGAUUAUUCGCGCGUUUCGUUUAACUUGAAAACUCGAACAUUUUUGUAAAUCAUGCGCGAAAUAAAGCAAGCCCUGUUUCGAAAGGUGCGGAUAAAAUUUUAACAAAACGGUAAAUACGUACACGUGAUACGAUGUUCUGCUAGAAAAUAUAUUUUCGAUUUGCAUAUUUUUUUAAAACCGCUAACACAUAUGCUGCAACUUUUUAUAAAAAUAUCACGAGAGCGCUUUGUAUCGCGUAUUAGUUAGAUCGAACUACCUGUCCAGCGUAUCUGCAACGGAAUGAAACAAUUCCGUCAGACGUUUAUCGAAAGUGAAAAAUAUUAGCCGAAACAGAAAUUAGAGCGUUUUACUUCGGAUAUCGAGGCAGCAUCGAAGAACAUUUUGUUACGGCAAGCAAUAAGCUUAGUAAGUAUAUAGACACAUCGGAGUCCUCCAUCCCUAACCUCUUAUCGAGUAUCGAUUAAUUUCCGUCACUAAUAAAAAUAUGCGUAACAAUUUUUAAUAACUUUCGUAUAGGAAGUAUACACGUUUCAAACACUUCAUUGGACGUGUUGGAAGUGUAUAUAUAUAUAAUGUAUGAAGAACCGAAGAGACUCAUUGCGAGUAACAAUGUAUAUAAUCAGCUGCAAUCAUAUA